UGUGUUAGACACAGGGUCGGCUGGGGAAGGGCGGCGGCUGCUGCUCCCAAAGCCUCAGUGUCCACCUUCCGUCCAGCAUCCAACAGUCAACUCUGCCUUUUCCAACAACAGCAUUUCAUUCCACCUGCUUCCCACCUCCCUCCAUGUCGGAAGAAGAAAUUAUAUACGCGGAUCUAAACUUCCAGAACUCGGGAAAGACGGAGAAGAUCCAGGAGUUGGACCCAGUGGAGACAAAAGCGCCUCCGGUGUCUUCCCAUGUGUGCGUUGGAGCAGCUUUGGGUCUGACUCUCCUCUCCCUUCUACUGCUCUUCAUUGGACUAGGAAUCUUGGGGGGCCUGAUUUAUAAAAAGCAAAAUGUCCAAGAAGAACGUCAGACAAAUGUGUUUCUACAACAAGUGGAUAACUUCAAUUGUUCUGAGAAGAUCCAGAAUGUCUCCAUCGCCCUGCAAACCCUGGCCACCCGGCUGUGUCGUGAGCUCCAGGAAAAAGAGCCAGGGCACAAAUGUAAACCUUGUCCACCAAACUGGCUGUGGCACGCAAAUAGAUGUUAUCUUCCAUAUCAUAUUUAUACCACGUGGCAAAACAGCAAAAGGUCAUGUGCUGACCGCAAUGCCAGCCUGCUGAAGAUUAACAACAAGGAUACACUGGAGUUUGUAAAGUCCCGGCAAUUAUUCCACUAUUGGCUUGGAGCAUCUCCUAGACAUUAUCAAACAAACUCUAUGACAGUGGAUCAGAGUGCUGCUUCUUCUAUUUGGUUGAAGAACAAGCCCAGUGCCUUCAAUGGAAUGUAUUGUGCAUAUAUGACAUCAGACAUGCGCAUUGCUUAUGAUAAUUGUUUGGCAUCCAGAUAUGCAAUGUGUGAGAAAAUGGCUGGUCCAGUGCGGGUAGAAAGUGUGCUAGGUUAAAGUUCACGAUGAAAGGCUGUACUUGGUAAAGAAGUCCUUGGCUUGAGAUGCUGUCCUGCACUGGGAAGGAUCUAGAUGUCAGCGUGUGUCUCCUGGAUCACACAAAUGGAAUAAAAAAACGAU